AUGGCGAGGCCGUACGGAAAAAGGCCGGGGAGGGUGGAGGGUGCGCUGCCGGGCGUGCAUGUAGGUGGCAGCUUGGCGUGUCUGGAUCUCAAAGGUGAGCGAUUAGAGCACCGCUCCUGUGAAGCUCUGGAAGUCGUCCUGAAAUCGCUGCACUUUGAUUUCAUCAAUCUGCAGGCAGCCCAACUGGAAGAAAAUGGAGCAUCGUCCUUGUUGGAUAUGAUUUUGUACUAUGAAUCUACAACACAUCUUGACAUUUCUGACAACAGCAGUAUGGGAACAUCGAGUUGGAGGGCCCUCGCUCAUUUGAUAAAGCAGAGUGUGUGUCUCUACAGACUGGAUGUCUGCAAUGUGGCCUUGGUCGACUAUCCUGUCCAGGCUCUGUCUAAAGCGCUGCGGAGCAGCCGGCUCACAGUGCUACACCUUCAGCAUGUUCAGCUCAGCGGGAUGCCGCUGUACACACUGGUUGGUGCACUGAAGACAAACCAGGCGCUGCGAGAGCUACACCUUGCUAAUAACCUGUUGAACAGCUACCAGGAUGCCCUUCAUCUGAGAGACCUGCUACGGUUCAACAACACUCUGCAGACACUGGAGCUCAGCAACAAUGCUGUAGCAGAUGCUGGUUUGGAGGAGCUGUGUGACGGUCUGAGGUGGCAGGAAGGAGGUCUCAAGGUCUUACUGCUGAGGAAUAACCAGAUUACUGUAAAAGGCAUGGAGCAUCUGGCUAAAACUCUGCCAGUGCUGAAGGUCCUGCAGGUCCUGGAUUUGAGUGAGAAUCUGUUGGGGAACGAGGGGAUCCAGAUCAUCAGGGAACCUCUCAUGGUCAACAACUCCGUGCUGCAGCUUGGCCUGGCCCAAGCCAGCAUCACCUGUGAAGGUGCUGUGGCGCUUGCUGAGUUCCUUGCUGAGAGUCGUCAGAUUCAGAGGCUGGACCUACGUCACAACGAGGUGAAAGUGGGAGGCCUGAUGGCCCUGAGUCUGGCCUUGAAAAUCAACCGUUCUCUUUGUAGUCUACAUGUGGACCACAUGCCCCAACAGGAGGAGGUAGGUGCAACUGCAUCUUCUCUGUGUGAGUGCUUGGUGUUAGAUACUGAUUACUCGUGUUUACAUGAUGGCAAAAUAUGA